AUCAUGAGAUUAUUCUUUCCUGUUAAGGGAGGAGAACGUCACAGCAUUUUUACAAGAUUUUGAAGUUGGUGAAGCUAGAGUGAACAAGAGUCAAAGCACAGGAUACGUCUCAAAGGCAAGGCCAUGUCUAACAUGGCUUAGCACUAUGUGAAUGUAAGAGUACAGUCCUUGCUGCCCAGUGUGGCUCUCACUUUGGCAUGAUGCAGGCGUGGCAUAUUAGAGCGAUCAUAAAGAAGUCCGUGGCAUCCGCACUUGGGCCACGAUGAUGCAUGCUGCAGUUGAUGGAGACUUUGAAGCAGACGAGUCCCAGUAUUUAUUAUCAGACACAGACGCUGACACAAGAACAGUUACGAUGACGGGAUCACAGCGGCUGUGCUGCCUGUCUUUCUGCAUUCGCAAUUUUUGUGCUCGUUUAUGUGAGGGCCUUGUGAGCUGUUGCAUUCGACGACGGCAACUUUCAGCAAGAUCAAUACAUGUUGGCUACCAGACAGCUGAAAAGUUUCCGCCAAAUGUUAUCAGAAAUCAAAAAUUUAAUUUCUUCACUUUCAUCCCACUGGUUCUCUUUGAACAGUUCAAGUUUUUCUUGAAUUUAUACUUUCUAGUAAUGGCAACGUCCCAGUUCAUCCCAGAAUUACGAAUUGGGUAUCUUUAUACGUAUUGGGGUCCUCUAGGUUUUGUCAUCCUUGUCACCAUGAUCCGUGAAGCUGUUGAUGAUGUCAGAAGGCGACAAAGGGACAAUGAAGUCAACCAGCAGAAAUACAAGAAAUUAACGCCACAUGGAGGAUCCAGAACUGUUACGAGUGCUAAUAUUAAAGUGGGCGAUUUAAUAUUUAUUGAGAAGGACCAACGUGUGCCUGCAGACAUGGUGUUUCUCCGCACAACAGAGGCCACUGGUGCCUGUUUUAUCCGUACAGACCAGUUAGAUGGAGAAACGGACUGGAAGCUAAGGCUGGCAGUUCCUGCCACUCAGAAACUGGAGACGAAUGAAGAGCUGUUCAACAUGAAUGCUAUGGUGUAUGCUGAAAAGCCACAGAAAGAUAUUCACAAUUUUAUCGGGACUUUCACCAAGCAUGACACAGACACCGAAGAGUCACUGAGCGUUGAGAAUACGGUCUGGGCUGGGACAGUGGUUGCCUCAGGAAGAUUAUUAGGACUCGUUGUUUACACUGGAUGUGAAACACGCUCUGUUAUGAACAAUGCUGCUCCCAGGUCCAAAACAGGACUUCUGGAUUUGGAAAUUAAUAACCUCACAAAGCUUCUCUUUGUAGCCGUGUUGGGCCUGACUGUUGUGAUGAUGUGCCUGAAGGGGUUUGGAGGGCCUUGGUACCGCUACUUUUUCCGUUUUCUUCUCUUGUUUUCGUACAUCAUUCCCAUAAGUUUGCGUGUGAAUCUGGAUGUGGGAAAGGCCUUCUACUCUUGGGUCAUCCAGCGUGACCAGGAGAUGCCAGGAACUGUUGUGCGCACAACCACAAUUCCUGAGGAACUAGGGCGAAUCAACUACCUUUUAACUGACAAAACAGGGACUCUGACACAGAAUGAGAUGGUGUUCAAAAUUCUCCAUCUUGGCACAGUGGCCUAUGGGACAGAUACUUUUGAUGAGGUUCAGGCACAUGUCAACACCUUCUUCUGCAAAGAUGCAAGUAGUGCUGGUUCCUCUGCCACGCCCACUCGCAUGAGGCGAACCGUUGUGACUCGUGUUGGAGAAGCAGUCAAAGCCCUGGCUCUGUGCCAUAAUGUCACUCCAGUCUAUGAGGAUGGAGCUGGCCAGCCUCCAGAGGAAUCGCAGAAUGGAGAUCAGCCUCACACUGUUCUCUACCAGGCCUCCAGCCCUGAUGAAGUGGCUCUUGUGAAGUGGACGGAGAGUGUUGGUCUCCCUCUUGUCCACCGCGACCUCACCACCCUCACCCUACGCACCAUGAGUGGCAAGCUCCUCACCUACACUGUGCUGCAGAUCUUCCCCUUCACUUCUGAGACCAAGAGAAUGGGCAUUAUUGUUAGGGAGGAGCUGACAGGUGAGAUUGUCCUGUACAUCAAAGGUGCAGACACAGUGAUGGCAUCAAUGGUUGAGUACAAUGACUGGCUUGAGGAAGAGUGCACCAAUUUGGCUCAGAAGGGUCUGCGUACUCUGGUGGUGGCAAGGAAGGUCCUCACACCAGAGCAGUAUACACAGUUUGAGCAACGCUAUAAUGCUGCAAAAUUAAGUGUAACAGAGAGAGGAAGUCGUGUAGCUGCCGUUAUUGAGACUUUGGAAUGUGAUCUUGAACUGCUUUGUUUGACUGGUGUAGAGGACAAAUUGCAGAACAAUGUUAAACAGACACUUGAGUUGUUGAGAAAUGCUGGCAUGAAGAUCUGGAUGUUGACUGGGGACAAGCUUGAGACAGCCACCUGCAUUGCCAAGAGUUCACGCCUUGUUUCCCCCAACCAAGGGCUGCAUGUGAUGGGCAAUUUGUCUACACGAAGAGAGGCUCACUUGGAGCUGAAUGCCCUUAGAAGGAAAAGUGAUUCUGCUCUUAUAAUAAAGGGUGAUGCCUUAGAGACCUGCCUUCAGUACUAUGAGCAUGAGCUGAUGGACCUUGCUGUGCAGUGCCCAGCGGUUGUAGUGUGCCGAUGCUCACCAACUCAGAAAGCAGCAGUGGUACGCCUCAUUCAGAGGCACACAGGGAAGCGCACAGCAGCUGUAGGUGAUGGAGGCAAUGAUGUUUCCAUGAUCCAGGCUGCAGAUGCUGGGAUUGGUAUUGUAGGCAAGGAAGGUAAACAGGCAUCAUUAGCUGCUGAUUUCAGCAUUGACCAGUUCCAGUAUAUAGCACGCCUUUGCUUGGUCCAUGGCCGUGACUCUUACAAGCGAUCAGCUGCACUCUCCCAGUUUGUGAUGCAUCGUGGUCUCAUCAUCUCAACCAUUCAGGCUAUAUUUUCGUCAAUCUUCUACUUUUCAAGUGUUGCUCUCUACCAGGGCUUCCUGAUGGUUGGAUAUGCUACUGUGUACACCAAUUUCCCUGUGUUCUCUCUUGUGCUGGAUAGAGAUGUGUCUCCCAACAUUGCUCUUACUUACCCAGAACUGUACAAGGACUUGACAAAAGGAAGGUCACUGUCCUACAAGACCUUUUUCAUAUGGGUGCUUAUCAGUAUUUAUCAGGGAGGAGUGUUGAUGUAUGGUGCAAUGCUGCUGUUUGAAGAUGAACUGAUUCAUGUUGUGAGCAUCAGCUUCACAUCGCUAAUCCUGACAGAGCUCUUGAUGGUGGGGCUCACAGUGCGCACCUGGCAUCCACUGAUGAUUGUCGCCCACUUCCUCUCUCUUGGGUUUUACGCCUUGUCCAUCAUCUUCAUGCAUUACUUUGACUGGAAUUUUAUCAAAUCCAAGGACUUUUUCUGGAAGGUGGUGGUGAUCACUCUGGUCUCUUGCUUGCCACUCUACAUCCUCAAGUUCCUCCGUCGCCGCUUCACUCCCCCAACCUAUUCCAAGCUGGAGGAGCUGAACACCUUUGGCAGCACCAGCAUGACGCAACCACAGCCAUAGGGUUGUGCCACCUUCCACCUCUAGGGCGUGGCCAGUGGGGGGGGAGCAGUACACUUAAGAGGAACAUUGUGGAAUCAAAACAUAAGGGGGCUCAGGGCAGGAAGGCCCCAGGACAAGACAGUUUUGUGAUCAGUGACACUAUCUGAUUACAUAAUUUUUGAUGAGGUGAUCAGCAUAAAUUAUGGAAUUCAUAUAAAUGGUUUCUGUUCUGUUUAGAAAUGGUGAUUGUGUUUUGAUAUGGAGCUUUAUAUAUUUAUAUUAAUAUUUAUAUCUGUAAUUAUAUUGUAUAAUGUAAGGGAGUCAAUUGCAAUAGCAAGUAUGUAUGCUUCAUAGUACUCAUUCUCGCUAUAUAAUUUUCCCCUACUUUUAUUUUUUCUAGAUAUAUUAACAUAUUCUAGAUUUUGCUUCUGACUGGAAACAAUUUUCUUCCACUCUCUUUGCUGCAUCCUAUGCAUCAUGUCCAUUCCAGUUAAUUGCACACUUCUGUACACUCCUUCCUUCAUCCUUUCUCUUGCGUUGCAUUGGUUCCUUUCUUCUGCUCUCUUCUCUUAACGAUUCUUGAUUUUUUGACACCUUUCAAUAUUUCUUCUUGAUGAAAAACAUUGGGUUUGUAAACACAAUAGAAGUUAUUAUUUUUUCCUUGAAAGCAAGUCUCCAGGAAGCAGAGUCUUCCUUGGAGGGACUAGAUUAUUUAUUAUAAUGAUUAUUUUUGUUAUUUCUCUCUCGAUGUCUUUUUGCCUUUAAAGACUUUAAUAGAUUGAUAUUUUGGUUGUGGUGUUGCCGUUUAAGGAAACUCUUGUGAUGCAGUUUGCUAUGGAACAAGAUUUUGAUAGGUAAAUAUCCUUUGGUGUAUAAAGGGAGUUUAAUACACAUGAUUUAUAUAAUGAUGUGUGAUAGUGUGUUUUGAUGGUUGAUAUAUCACAUUUCUUGUAUUCCAAUUCAUAUUUAGGUAGAGCAAGGUACAUUAUGUGCUGUCGCAGAGGAAAAAACAGCUUUAAGUUGUACUAGCAUUAACAUUAUUUUUUAUCUACUGUGUGUCAAAUAUUUUAUUUUUUAUGCUGCAGUUAUUUUUUUCUGUGGAUUUUAGAGAUCUCGGAAGAAAUGUUAAUGCUGUGUUUCUUCUUUAUCAUUCUUUUUGUUUUCUUUUUUCUUUUUCUUUUUUUGCAUUCUUUGUACUUGGCUUUCUUUGUCAUUCUUCCUUUAUAAUUUUAAUUUUUCUUUUUUUUUCUUUUUUUUUUUUCUAACGCUUUCAAAAUCCUUUCUCAUUUCUAUCUAUUUCCUCUCUUUUUUCAUUUUGCUAAUUUUUUCUUUCACUUUAUUUCCUAUUUUUUCUCUUCAUUUUCCUCAUUAAUUAUUUUUUAUUUUUCCCCUUUUCAGUUCCACUUGUUGUAUUUUCUCUUAUUUCUUUAGUUCAUGUUUUUAUCCUUUAUAUAUUAUUCUCUUUUCCAGUAAGAUGUCUUUCCAUCCUCCCCUCUUCCUCCUCCAUCUUAGCAUAGAUAACUGCAUACAGGUGCCUUUACAACUGCUUAUAGAGUGAGAAUGUAUUUCAAAGAAAUAUCAUGAAAGAUACUUGUUGAUUUUUAAAAAUGGCAGAGCUUGUUAACAUAAGGAAGUAAUUAGUUUGUUAAUAUAGGAGGUUCAUGGAAGGCCAGUAAGGAGGAAGGCGCUAAUGCUUGCUGAGUAUAUAUAUUUAUGUGCACUAUUCACAUUCUUGUCUUUAUAUUACUAGUCAGAUAUUUGUUUUUUUGUCUCAUAGCUCUAGCUAAUAAAACUUCUCUUGGUAUUCUCAGUUUAGAUAAAUAAAGAGAGUGCUUGAAAGUUAAUUAUCUAAUGUGCUGUCCAGAAUGACAAUAAAAAUUACCAUUU